CGUCGGAUGAGAAGGCGGGCUUUCCGGCUCGGUUCAAAGCCAUUUCCGUCAGGAGCCGGAAGUCCGUCCUGGAUGGCUUCGGGGGCGGCCUCGGCGUGGAGCUGAUCGCAGGGGCCACUGGCCUUCCCGCGCCCGCUGGUUCCCUCAUGGUGCGGGCCGCGGCCGCCAGUCUGCGCUCGGAUCGGCGGCGCUGAGGCGCCGGGGCAGCACGCGACAUGUCGUCGGGCCUCCGCACCGCCGUCUUCCCGCGUUGGAAGCGCCACAUCUCAGAGGAGCUGAGACGCCGGGACCGGCUGCAGAGGCAGGCAUUCGAGGAGAUCAUCCUGCAGUAUAACAAGUUGCUGGAAAAGUCAGAUCUUCAUUCAGUGCUGGCCCAUAAGCUACAAGCCGAAAAGCAUGACGUACCAAACAGGCAUGAGAUAAGUCCCGGACAUGAUGGUUCAUGGAAUGACAGUCAGCUGCAAGAAAUGGCCCAGCUGAGAAUUAAACACCAAGAAGAACUGACUGAAUUGCACAAGAAACGUGGGGAGUUAGCCCAGUUGGUGAUUGACCUGAAUAACCAAAUGCAGCAGAAGGACAAGGAAAUGCAGAUGAACGAAGCCAAAAUUGCAGAAUACCUGCAGACCAUCUCUGACCUGGAGACCGAGUGCCAGGAGCUGCGCACUAAGCUUCAGGACCUGGAAAGAGCCAACCAGACCCUGAAGGAUGAGUACGACGCCCUGCAGAUCACCUUCACCGCCCUAGAGGAGAAGCUGCGGAAGACUUCCGAGGAGAACCAGGAGCUGGUCACGCGGUGGAUGGCCGAGAAAGCCCAGGAGGCCAACCGCCUAAACGCGGAGAAUGAGAAGGACUCAAGGAGGCGGCAAGCCCGGCUGCAGAAGGAGCUCGCAGAAGCAGCGAAGGAGCCUCUGCCAGUUGAGCAGGAUGAUGACAUUGAAGUCCUCAUGGAUGAAACCUCUGAGCACCCUGAGGAGACCUCUCCCGUGCGAGCCAUCAGCAGAGCGGCCACUAAGCGACUCUCGCAGCCUGCUGGAGGCCUUCUGGAUUCUAUCACUAAUAUCUUUGGGAGGCGCUCUGUCUCUUCCUUUCCAGUUCCCCAGGAUAACGUGGAUCCUCAUCCCGGUGCUAGUAAAGAAGUGAGGGUGCCGACGACUGCAGUAUCUGUCUUUGACGCGCAUGACGGGGAGGUCAACGCUGUGCAGUUCAGCCCGGGCUCCCGGCUCCUGGCCACGGGAGGCAUGGAUCGCAGGGUGAAGCUCUGGGAGGUGUUCGGAGACAAAUGUGAGCUCAAGGGCUCCCUGUCUGGCAGUAAUGCAGGAAUUACAAGCAUUGAAUUUGAUAGUGCCGGAUCUUACCUCUUAGCAGCUUCAAAUGAUUUUGCAAGCCGCAUCUGGACCGUGGAUGACUACCGGUUACGGCACACGCUCACGGGACACAGUGGCAAAGUGCUGUCUGCCAAGUUCCUGCUGGACAACGCACGUAUCGUUUCUGGAAGUCACGACCGGACCCUCAAACUCUGGGAUCUACGCAGCAAAGUCUGCAUAAAGACGGUAUUUGCGGGAUCCAGCUGCAAUGACAUUGUCUGCACAGAGCAGUGUGUGAUGAGUGGGCAUUUUGACAAGAAAAUUCGUUUCUGGGACAUCCGAUCAGAGAGUAUUGUCCGAGAGAUGGAGCUCUUGGGAAAGAUCACUGCCCUGGACUUAAACCCAGAAAGAACUGAACUCCUCAGCUGCUCUCGGGAUGACCUGCUGAAAAUUAUUGACCUACGAAUAAAUGCUGUCAGGCAGACAUUCAGCGCGCCGGGCUUCAAGUGUGGCUCUGACUGGACGAGAGCUGUGUUCAGCCCUGAUGGCAGUUACGUGGCGGCGGGUGCGGCCGAGGGCUCGCUGUACAUCUGGAACGUGCUGUCCGGGAAAGUGGAGAAGGUCCUCUCAAAGUAUCACAGCUCGUCCAUCAACGCGGUGGCCUGGUCCCCCGCCGGCUCCCACGUGGUCACUGUGGACAAAGGAAGUAAGGCCGUGCUGUGGUCGGAGUAUUGACAGCCCCUCGUCGGGAGAGUGCGGAUCUGGAGCUGGAGGAGCCGGCGGCCCCGCGGCUCUGUCCUGGCAGGGGGUGUGUUGAGCCGGGCCGGGGCCUGCCUGCGAGCAGGGUCCCUGAGGGUCGCGGCUGAGGCCCCUGCCAGCCUGAAAGAGCUAACACUGCAAACCCUGACGCUGCGGCCCUCAGCCAGGGGUUCAGGUCCUGCCCUGAUUCAAGGGGUGAGAACAACACUACUGGCGCCCGCCUCGCAUACCUCAGUGGGGGCGCGCGGGCGCCCGCACUCUCCCCUGGGCGGCAGUGCCAAAGGCGCCCCCACGCCAGGGCGCUGGUUCUGCCCCGUGCUUUCUCCCGUCCUCCCAGGUCGGGCCUGGCCUGAUGCAUGUCCUGUCACCUUGGGUCGUUUCCCCAGGGGGCCUGCUUUAAUCGUUGGAUCAACAGAAACCCGAACAGGACCCCCGCCCUCAGGUAGCCCAUGGGGGCUGCCCUGGCCUCUGAGGAAACGUGGCCUGGGGUCCUCCCUGCUGCUCUGUGUCUGUGUCAGAGGCUCUUCUCUGGUCUCACCUGAUCACUGUUGGAAUUUCCCUCGCUCUCCCAAAGUGUUCUUCAAAACUGCCUCUCCCCACCCCUGCUGCCAACAGUUCUACAUAUCUAUUUCUUGGCUGAGAAAUAAAUCUGUUCAUUUAAAAAAAAAAAAAUGGGGGCGGGGGUAGGAGAGGAAGCGCAAAACACUUUUUCCAGAAGAGCGGGUGUGCUGUCAAUCAGUGAAGACUGAUUUCCCGAAUCACCUGGAACUUCCCAGCUGCCAGCCCGCCACCUUCUUCCCGCCACGCUGGGGUGAGGGUGGCUGGUGGGUGGGAUCGGAAGCCUCGGGUGUGUUAUCCCCGAGCCAGCAGUUCCGGGUCACGCCCCUUUGCCAGGCCUACGUGCAAUACCCCCUCGGUGCUUUAGUGCAGGAAGCCCAUUCCAGGAAGCAUGGAAUGCCAUCUUUAGAUUUCAGGACAUGUGACUAGGCCAGGGAAAAACUGGCCUGUGCAGUUUUUUUUCUUUUUUUUUUUUAAAAAACAAACAUGUAUCUUUACCAUCUUUCUUGUUUAUAAAAUUUUAGUUUUGAGCGGCUGAAACACCAUUAAUUUUUAUCAGUUACUCAUUUGCACUUUAUUUUUUUCCUCCCAUUCUUGUUCUCCAGACACUUAUUGGGGGCGAGUGCUAGGGCAGGGCAAGGAGCGGGGGGUUCACGUGCCCCAUUUCCCCGGCCCUCGCCUCCCUCAUUUGCUGUCCAGAGGACUUGCUUUGAGAGGAGUUGAAGUUCACAGGCCAGGGCACAUCUUUUAUUUAUUUAAUUAUGUUGCCCAACAGAACUUGAUUGUAAAUAAAAGAAGAAAUCUGUUAUAUACUUUUCAAAA